ACAUUCAAACACAAAUCCCCCUUUCUCUCUCUUGCUUUCACCAAAAUUUCCAUAUAUUUUGAGUCGAUUCAAGAUAUAUAAGGCAUAAGCAUGGCCAAUUCUGCUUCGAAUUUUGCUGGGUUCCUCAUAGCAUCCAUCCAGCUCUUUUCCGGUGAGAAAUAGCRCCGGAGAUCCACCGAGAAACCAGCAAGAAAACCCAAAGUUUAAGAGGGAAUUAGAGGUUGUUUAUAAAGGGGUCGAAUUCGAGAAGAAGAUGAAUCCAGUGACAGCUCAUGGUCGUCCUCUACCUCCUCCUUUUCAUGCCAGAGAUCUUCAGCUGCACCACCACCAUCAGUUUCAACAGCAACAGCAGCAGCAGCACCACCACCGGCAGCCACCGGAGGAGGAAGAGCAAAGCGGUGGAAGUAGCAGCCGCAACCACGGUCUUAAACGAGAGCGUGACGGCAACCAUAGCAAUAAUAAUAAUGAUGGUAAUAGAGAAUUGGCGUCGGUGGUAACCGGUGGCGAAGGAGAUCAUAGCAGUGGCGGUGGUAGUGGCGGCUCAAGGCGGCCACGAGGCCGACCUGCUGGAUCAAAGAACAAGCCGAAGCCUCCGAUUAUAAUCACCCGAGAUAGUCCUAACGCUCUUCGGUCUCAUGUGAUGGAGGUGGCGAAUGGGUGUGAUAUCCAAGAAAGCAUAGCGAAUUUCGCGACGAGAAGGCAAAGAGGGAUUUGCAUUUUGAGUGGUAACGGGACGGUUACUAAUGUAACCCUGAAGCAGCCUGCAGCACCAGGGGAGGUUGUGACCCUACAUGGGCGAUUUGAGAUCUUAUCGCUCUCAGGAUCAUUCCUUCCUCCCCCAGCUCCACCGGCUGCUUCAGGGCUUACAAUCUACUUGGCCGGUGGUCAAGGGCAAGUAGUUGGAGGAGGGGUCGUGGGCCCGUUACUCGCAUCAGGGCCCGUGGUAAUCAUGGCGGCAUCUUUCGGAAAUGCUGCCUAUGAGAGACUUCCUCUUGAAGAAGAAGAGACUACGCCAGUUUCAGGAAACGAACCUUUAGGUUCGCCUUCUGGAAUCAACGGCCAACAACAACUCAUGAAUGAGGCGAAUCCAUCGUUAUUUCAUGGAUUGCCUCCUAAUCUGCUAAAUUCAUGUCAGUUACCAACAGACGCUUAUUGGGGGGCGAAUCGACCCCCUUUUUGAGAAGAAUCGGAUGAGGAGGAAUCGAACUCAAUCUAUGAUCUCUUUGUUUCAUUCUUCUUCUUCUUCUUCUUCAUCAUCAUCCUUGCUUUCACUUAAACUUAAUUAUGCAAUCUUCUUUGGCUUUUCUUAAAUUUUUUGAUUUUCACAUAAAUUAGUAUGUUUGUGAUGUUAAUUAAUUGAAAUGAUUAGACCUCCAUAGCAUGUUUGUUCAAGAAUUAAGCCAUGUAUAAUCAAAACUUGUGAAAUCCAUAUUCAUUUUGUGGACUUCAA